AUGGUUGUGGCAAUGUCUUGCGCGGCGGAUGAUACACAAAUGGAAACAUUGGCACAGCAAGGAGUAAAGGGUCCCACUUCGCGUCCUUCAGAAUGCAUUGGAAAAGCUCAUGCGUACACAUAUGUGCACAACACUACUUUGAGAUUAAGAAGUGUG